AUGUCCCCGCUAUUGACUAAUACCGUCGCCGCUAUUAACAACAGAAGACCCCAGCCGUUGGAUGAUCACAACAAUCGUGUGGCCAGGGUUAAAUAUGGGACACCGGGUGCGGAUCGGACCAAUAGCGGCGACAUAUUGGUUGUCGCCGCUAAUAAGGUCGCCGCUAUUACUCUGUUGGAAGAACUUAAUCUUUACGCGAUAAUAAUCUCAAAAGAAGAGAUUGAAACUGUUGGCCGUUAUUGCCCCAUGCUAAAAACACUCAAAGUGAAUAGUAGAGGAUAUGCAGGGUCUUUAAUGAGAUAUAAUGAGAUAGCCAUAGCUAUUGGACAAAACUUGCUUGGGAUAAGGCACCUUGAACUCAUUGGAAACAAGAUGACCAAUGUUGGGUUGCGCGUGAUUCUGGAUAACUGUCAUCACCUAGAAACACUUGACUUGCGUGAAUGCUUUUACAUUGAUCUUAAGGGAGAUCUAGGGAAACAAUGUUCUAAACAGAUUAAAUAUCUUAAACUUCCCAAUGAUUCUCUUGAAGGCUGCCCUUAUUUAUGGAUCAUAUCUAAAGAGGACUAUCAAGACUCUGGAGACAACAAUGAUGGCUAUGAUUCAUAUGAAUCAUAUUAA